ACUUUCUCACAAAGCAAGAUGAUGUUCCUGGUAGUUCCAGCAGCAGAUACAGAAAAAGACCUAAAGUUUCAGAGAAAGAGAUGAAUCCAACAAAGGUGAAGAAAGAAAGGAUGGAAAAAGAUGAAACUGCAGAGCAGGAUGACCAUCUACAUCGCUUCUACGUCAAAUUUGGUUCAGAUCCCCAGAAAUACACUAUUGACUGUAAAAACCCACACACUGUGCUUGAGGUGAUAAAAUCGAAGCACUCCACAAAAUAUGAAAAUGAAAUAAUGAAUCCAAGGGGGAGAAAUAGGUCAGAAGAAAACCUCAUCAUAAAGGUGGGUGAAGGGAAUGAUUCCUACGCUGUUGCAACACAUUUCCCUUGUUCUUUGUUAGCAAAACGAAAGUGUCUGACAUUAACUACAUCAAAUAAUGUAAUAGAGAAAAAGCAACAACAGGCCACAGUUCUCCAAAGAGAAAAAUAUUCUGUUUUCUUCAUAGAUAAAGAAGGAGGGAAGAACACCAAAUCCAAAACUAAUGAGAUAUUUAGAUGUAACAAUAUUCAGCAGUUUAGGUAUUUCUGUGUUUACGGGAGGAAAGGGAUGCCAGUGGAGGAAGCUCUAGGACAGGACGGUCGCUUUGUUGAUGGUCUCCCAGACUUCACUUUGUCUGAUAACGAGACCGGAGACCUUACAAACUCUACAGAAAUAAUUGACAACCUACAUGGGAGGAAAUUCCAGAUAUGUCUUCCAAGGAAGGGGAAAGCAACAAAUCCAUCACAAGUAGUUCAAAAACAAGACCCAAAACAACAGACCAGCCAUGAGCAGCAGCAGGAGGGAGAUGCUUCUUCAUCAACCAAAGUACAGAAGACGAGUGAAACUGUAACAGUUCUAGAGCAUGCAAGACAAAAGGGUGUCAGUAUAAAGGCAGCAACAGAAGAAUUAAAGAUUCAAAUUGACCUUAAUGAGAUCAAUGACCUUCUGCGGAAGCAGUUUCCACAACUGAAAGCCUGGAUGGAGAUAAGAUUUACUGAUGAUUCCUUUGAGAAAACCCUGAAACUGAAAAAGGAGAACUUUGGAAAGAUCCAGAAUUCCUUUAGUGAAGUUCACACUGUGAGAGAGCUGCUGGAGCUCAGCAAGUCCAUUUGUCUUUUGAACAUAGAGGAAAAGAAUAAUUCAGGUUUAACUGAGUUAAAGAAAAGUGUGAAGGGCACAGGCUUUGUUCUGUUUGACAACUUUGUUCUAACCAAUGCCCACUUGUUUAAACCUUGGGAGAAUUUAUAUAACUGGAGGAACUAUCUGACUAUUACUGCAGAGUUCAACUUUGAAAAUAAACCAGGGAUGAAAUAUCAGGCUACACUAGUUGGUGAAAGUGAGGAUUUAGAUUUUGCUCUGUUAGAGCUCAACCAAAUCCCUGAUCUAAAAGAGCUAAAGGAAAAACACCCAGGUCUCCUGAAGAUAUUUGGUCCAGUGCCUUUACCUGUUUAUGAUAGUGGGGCUUGUAUUAUUGGUCAUCCAGCAGGAGGAGUGAAGAAAAUGGACAUUACAUGUAUCAUCAGGAAAGAGGACAGGAAGCAGAGGGUCAAGGAGAAUUUAGGGUCCUAUGAACCUUUUAUUGUCUGCUCAACUAAUUAUCAGAUCAAAAGAGAUCCCUCCGCAGAGAAGUGUGUGACCUACAACAGCUUCAUGUAUCAUGGCUCCUCUGGCUCCCCAGUGUUUGAUGCUUCUGGACGGGUGUUUGGUUUGCACUCUGGUGGAUUUUUCUAUAACAAUGUAAUUCCUGGUCACAGUGUUAUGGAGUUUUGCUACCCACUGCUUGAUGUAUUCAAAAAGCUUCUGGUUGAGCUCCGUAAAGCUGGUAGGGAGGAUUUGUUGGAGAGAAUUCAGGAGGAAGCAGAGGGGAAUCCGCACCUUGAGGGGAUCCUUGAAUCUGUUGGACUGAAACAAACUAAAGAUCAGGCUCUCUGUGUGGAGAAUCAGAGAACAGAUGAAACAGGAGAACAAUUCAUUCCUGAGGAGGAAAUGGAGCAAAGUUAGAGUUCAGUUUAGAUAACAAGAGAAAUCG